AUGGCUAUGUCAAGGCCACCAAAUGAUUAUCCGCUAAGAAUUCUGGUACCAAGCGAAUGUGUGGGUGCCAUUAUCGGAAAAGGUGGAGCCCAAAUUAAACAGAUUAAACAACAGACCCAUGCAAAAGUUGAUGUUAAUAAGACAGAAUCAGCAUCAAAUUCUACGCAUAGUCAAGAACGCGUUAUUAUUAUUCGAGGACAACAAGACAAUUGUGUUGAAGCCUGCCAUGAAAUAUUGAAAAUCAUGUAUGAUGAUGCACAAAUCAAAAAUAGAUCGACUGAGGUUGUUUUAAAAGUAUUAGCACAUAAUAAUUAUAUUGGUAGAAUAAUUGGUAAAGCAGGAAAUAUUAUUAACAAUAUUAAAAAAGAGUCUGAUUGUACCGUCACUGUCUCAAGUGUUAAUGAUGUAACACCGUAUAAUUGCGAACGAAUUAUUACCAUAAAAGGUGAAUUAGAUAAUGAAAUAAAGGCGUUAGAAACUGUGUACAGCAAAUUAUGCAUGGCGCAUGAAAAUGAUUACACAAAGGCGUGGACAAACGGUAUCAGUGGUCAGCCACAAUUAAUGAUGAUAGGACCUCCUCAGCAUUCUUCAUCAAAUAUUGUUCUCCAAUCUGCUCAAUUACCGCCACCUGCGUCAUCAACACUUUCACAUCCACAACAAAUCCUACCAACAAAUUUUUCAAAUACGAUGGUACCAAAAUUAAAUCAUCAACCAAAUUUUUCAAAUCCUUACUAUCCUUCGCCAUUUUAUCCCACUCCUGGUGGCUAUUAUAUGGUUCCUACAACGAAUUUGAAUAGUAAUAGCGGAACAUAUAAUAAUAUGGCCAACAGUAAUUAUUCACGAAUGUCAAAUCCAGUGGCCAAUGAAACAGUUAAUUUGUAUGUGCCAAAUACAGUUGUUGGAGCAAUUAUUGGAACGAAAGGACUAUUUAUUAAAAGCAUAAUCAAACAUUCAAAUGCCUCCGUUAAAAUUGCUCCAAUAAGUCCAGAUGAAGAUCAAAACAAAAUAAUUGAUCGUCAAGUUACCAUUAUAGGAACACCAGAGGCACAAUGGAAGGCUCAAUAUUAUAUUUAUGAUAAAAUUCGACAAGAAGGCUAUGCUGGUAAUGACGAUGUAAAACUUCGAGCUGAAGUUUUUAUUCCAAGCUCAGUUAUUGGACGUCUGAUCGGCAAGGGAGGACAAAAUGUUCGCGAGUUACAGCGACAAACCGGUGCAGCUAUUAAAUUACCUGAUGAUUCACAGCAACAAACGCAGUCAAACGAAGUUCCAGUGAAAAUUAUCGGUCCGUUUCAAGCUAGUCAAUUUGCUCAGCGUCGUAUACAAUCAUUAAUACAAAUGUCAAUGAAUCGCUCGGAACCUUCUUCUUCAACAUUACCGAAUAUAAAUGAUAAUAGUUCAGACAAUCGUGCAUCACAUACGAAUAAUAAUGAUAACACAGACGAUAAUAAUUCAUCACCUUCUGCCAGUGAGAGUACCGAACAAUUGACAUCAUCUAUGAACGGCAUUACUCUUGAAAACAAUCUAAACGCUGAUGAUGAAACAGAGGAAAAUAAUAAUGGCACAUCCACAUCCUAG